AGAAAUGAAUAUAUUGAAUUUGCUUUAGCAAAUUCUUUAAUGUUGAAAAGCUUAUUAACAGAUAUACUUGAUAUGUCAUAAGUUAAAGCUGGUAAAUUUUUACUUUCCUUAUAAGAAUUUAAUCUAUAUGAAAUUAUAAAAAAUGUUAUUCAACUAAUGAAGAUUACCGCAGAUUUAAAAUAAAAUAAAAUCUAUUUAGAAUAUGAUUAGUUUUUAUCUUAAACAGUAACAUCUGAUUAAUACCGAAUUCGCUAAAUUUUAAUAAAUUUAAUCAGUAAUUCUAUAAAAUAUACAAAAAAAGGUAAUAUAUACAUUGUAGUAACAAAAGAAAAUGAGCCUAAACACUUAAAAAUACAAGUAAAAGAUACUGGAGUUGGCAUAAAACAAGAAUAAAAAUAAAAACUUUUUAAAGCUUUCGAAAAGAUAGAAGAUAAUCGUGAUUUAAAUCCCUAAGGAGUUGGCUUAGGCCUUAUAAUAAGCAAUUAAUUAGCAAUAAAUUUAUUUCCUAAAAACAUAUAUAGUAAAACAGGACUAUAAUGUGAUGAUUGGGAUAAGGGUACUGUUUUUUCCUUUUUAUUAUUUGAUUAUAGUAAUAGGGAUAGUUCUUAAUAAGAAU